UAUUUUCUUUAUCGAGCAUGUUCAUCGAUAGAAGAAGCUAUGGUCUUUGGGACCCCCGAGACCAUGGUCUUCCAGAAGAUUUCUAUUUGACCAAUUAUACGAAGUUUAAGGGGUGA